CAGCCGAUGAAACACAGUGGGAAAAGUUAGGUUCAAUUAUGAGUUCUGUGUCAUGUGAAAUAGUCUUCGACAAUAAUCCCUUAGGGAUCUUCCAAGCCGGACAGUUUCUCACUGGAAGAGUUAUAUUGACUUUGAUGAAGGAUAAAAAGGUUGAUGGUGUAAGUCUACGAAUUUUGGGCCAAGCCCACUGCGGCUGGACGAGAAGAGAAUUGGCCACAGAUAAGCUAAAAUCAGGUCGACCUCAGACCAACAAUAUUCGCUACCACGCCGAAGAAAUAUAUUGCGAUACUGUCACGGAUCUCGUCAAAAAUAAUAACGGACGAGCAACCUGCCUGAAAUCUGGCAAACACACUUAUUCCUUCAGUUGCGCCUUGCCCAUCACUCUUCCUUGCAGUUUUGAAGGAAGUCACGGGAAUAUUCGUUACACAGCUGUCGUCACUUUUAGGCGUCACUUGGGAGUCGAUUCGAAAUACAAAACUAUUUUCAGGAUACAGUCUGCACAUGAUCUUAACAAAGAUCCAACGUAUAAGGUGCCUGUUAAAUCAGAGGCUUUCAAGAAAUUCUGGGGCGGCUUUACUGGUCAUCCGUUAUCAAUAUCUACAGAAAUCACGAGAAAUGGUUUUGUUCCUGGUGAACAUGUAGAGAUCAGAACUCACAUCGUCAACAAUAGCGGAGUAGAUGUCAUCGGAAUGCGUUAUUACUUACAAAAGGUAAUAACAUACCAUUCAAACACUCCUGUAACAAGAUGUCUGGAAGAAAAGAUUGUGGUAGCAGAAAGUACCGGAUCAGGAAUUGGUGCUUAUAAAAGAACCCAGUUGGUGCAUAAUAUAAUUGUGCCACAUGAUCAUCCUCCGCAAUUAGAUACAUGUUCCAUUAUUGAUAUCAAGUAUUUGGUAAAAGUGGAAGCCAGAGUGUCAGCAAUUCACAGAAAUUUAAAAUUGACACUUCCAAUAACACUUGGAACCAAACCAAUAGAUGGGAUUUAUGAUGUUAAUAGACUGGAAAUGCCUGCAGCUCCACCAGAAAUGGAACCACCUCCAACUUAUGAGGAAAGUGAAGGAAUGUACAGGAAUAAAAAUACGACCAAAGUAAGCAAGGACACAUCGUCGAAAAGUUCGAGUUUUAUAUGUUACUACGAGCAAGAUGACGGGAAGUGAAGGAGUACUACUAACAUCACGAUAUAAAUCAAAAUUUUGUAAUAAAAUGAAUUAAAUUGUUAUUACAUA